AUGGCACAAGUCGAGCUCCGAACCGUCAAGCCGAUCCGCGUCGCGUUGCUGCGCGCGAGCCUCGCGUCCUUUCGCGACCAGGGCGACCUCUGGGGCGAGCUCUUGCCGUCUCUUCUGAGCCAAGGCCUCGCGCCUCGCGGCCCGACCAUCUCGCAGUACUACUCGAUGGAGCCGAUCGAUAUGGCUGUCUGCGCGCCUUUGGACCCGACGGACCAAGUCAAGCCCCACGACCGCAUUGUCGUCAAGGACCUCGAAGAGGCGCUCAUGGCCGUAUACACGCACCGCGGCGCCAUGGGCGAUAUCCCGUCUGCGUACGAAGCGCUCUUCCCGUGGGUCGAAGCUUCCGAGUACGAGCAAGCAGGCCCGAGCCGCGAGGUGUACAUCAAGGUGCCCAUGGGCGCCGACGUUGAGAGCGGCGAUUGGGACAACGUCGUCGUCGAGGUGCACGUUCCCGUGAAGCUCAAGGCCACGUAGUGCGGCUCCGGUACUAAACCAG